CUAACUCGACUCUGGUGUACUUUUCGUUUCGUAGGGCGGAGUCAGGCGUUAGUUUCUUUAUUAAAGUGGCAAGUUUAUUGAAUUAUCGAUAUUUCUACAACAUGUAUCGCGCCGUGUAUCCAUAAUGUAGUCUGUGCCCGUUGUUGGCGUGAAGCUAUUGAUCAGCGACCGGAUAAUUUUCGAUAAAACAUCGAAGGAAACUGACGGAACAGGAAGGCGGAACAAGAUCACAGAAUCACAGACUGACUUGAAACAAACACCAAAACACAGUCCAUAACAAAAACUCUGCACUGGUUGUUUACGCAACCUUUUGAACGCGUCCAUUCCAACAGUAAAUAAUUCACCAGAAGCAUUCAAACAAAUCACCGGCCGCCGCCAACACAUGUAACCAUGUCCCUGGCCCUGAAACAAGUCUUCAACAAAGACAGGACAUUCCGGCCCAAGCGCAAGUUUGAGCCCGGGACGCAGCGGUUCGAGCUGCACAAGAAGGCCCAGGCGUCUCUGAACGCGGGGCUGGAUCUGAAGCAGGCUGUGCAGCUGCCCCACGGCGAGGACCUCAACGACUGGGUGGCCGUCCACGUGGUCGACUUCUUCAACCGCAUCAACCUCAUCUACGGCACCAUCAGUGACUCCUGCACCGAUCAGACCUGCCCCGUCAUGUCCGGUGGGCCCAAGUACGAAUACCGCUGGCAGGACGAACACAAGUACAAGAGGCCGACCGCACUGUCGGCUCCCAAAUACAUGAGCCUGCUCAUGGAUUGGAUUGAGGUACAGAUCAACAAUGAGAACAUCUUCCCCACCAACGUCGGUACUCCCUUCCCUAAGACCUUCAUGCAGGUGGCUAAGAAGAUUUUGUCUCGUCUGUUCCGGGUGUUUGUCCACGUCUACAUCCACCACUUUGACCGUGUGAGCCAGAUGGGGGCAGAGGCACAUGUCAAUACCUGCUACAAGCAUUUCUAUUACUUUGUCACUGAGUUCAACCUGACGGACCACAAAGAGCUGGAGCCCCUGAAAGAGAUGACCUCUCGGAUGUGCCACUGAGGGAGCGCACUGGACCUGUGGACACGUGCCGGACGAACACACCCGUCCAUCUAGAAGACUGCAGCAGAGAACUAAAAGAACAAACAAAUUCAGAAAAGAGUCUAUUUUUAUAUUUAAGUACUGUAAUCUAUUUUAGCCACAUAUUGUAGGUUUUAAUGAAGAACCUUGUCAUGUGAGGCAUUCUCUUCCUUUUAAAAAAAAGUUUUCAAACAUUUUAUCAGAGCACAGUAUUAAGAGGUGUAUGUUUGUGUUGAUGUUUUUCUAUUUUAUUUGAAUCUCAAUCAUUCCAAGAUGCUUCUGUCUGUCUUUCUGUUAAAAUGAUCUAAAAUUAGUACGAUUUCUUACUGUACUCUAUAAAAUCACUAUGUUGUUACAUUAAAAUGACUCUGUUAUAAUUUGAAUUUAGUAAUCACUAUUUGAUUGACAUUGCUUUUUGUACUUGAAGCUGAUAGUGCUGGGCUAUGGCUAAACUUAAUCUGUAGAUUUCCUGGGUAGGAAGGACAUUUUUCUGUAAAGCCGUUAACAGUUUAGUCUGUAUUACCACUCAAACAAUCAAAGUACUAAUUUAGUUUUUUUUUUUUUUUUAAGGCAGAGAAAGUAUUAUUUUCAAACAAUCCCAUUGUGAGGAAAAUAUAAUUUUCUUUCUGUUUCUGAGAGUAUUUUUUUAUGUUUAGCCUAAAAUACCAUUUUAGGCAUUUAAAUAAAUUUGGGGUUUUGGUUGCAUUCAUUUAAAAUUUAUAUGUACAUGUGGAAAUGAACCAAAUACAGUGAUGGCAUGCUGGUGACUCAGACAUUAUGAACUCUUUGUUAUUGUACACUUCGGGCCUUGGGCCACCAGGCAGGUUCUCAUAUGUCAAACCUGUAGGUGUUUGUUGCAGAUACACUUGGCUGCUGAAGGUCACACGCGAGUCGGACCUCACGUGACAAAACUCCGGUGGCAGCACAUGACCAGAAGACCACGUCCACUGGGUGGCGCCAGACACCAAAACCCGUCUUGUGUUGAGGAAUAUUGUAAUCCCGUGGAUAAUGUUGUAGCCUUUAUGAAAUCUGUCCAGUGUCCCAGUUAUAGUCAUGAAGAGGAGAAGUGGGGACCCGAUUCGGGUUAAUGAUUCGACUAAGCUGGUUAUGUAAGAAACAGGCCAGACUGUGCUGUGAUGAAUACAGACUGAGUUUUUGUUUUGAAUGAGCUUUGCAUGAUCGGGUCAACAGCAUUCAUGAAUAGGCUUGAGCACAUCAUCAGUCAUAAUGGUUUGGAUUAUGAAAUUAAUGAGCAGUAAUCUUGCGAACAAGACGCACAACUGGGUAAACACAAUUAA